CGACGAUUGAAUCCUCUUCUCGAACGACCAGUCACCCAACGCGCGUCUUCCGCAACUUGUUCGACGCGACAAUGGCUCUCUUGCCCUUCAGCAUUUCAUAUCUUAUCUUGACUCCUCGGCACGUUCGCCUGCCUGAGGGAGUCCAAGUUCCACCCGCUCCGCGCGAAACCCCUAAGAGUCCCGUAUCAACUCGAUGGUCAGCCGACCUCGCCCGCAGAGCGAAGUCGUUCCGCUCCCAAGCAAGCAACAGAUUGUCGUCGCCGACGACCGAAGCCCAUAAUGAAACAGAGGAUCUGUCCAGCUCGUAGCUACUUGACUGGAUGUUGUUAGGAACAUUUCCGUAUAUUUGGACUGUAUCAGUUGCAAAGUAAUGUAAACCCUCAAGAAAAAUGAUGUACCAUUACAUAUGA